AUGGAUCCCCUAUCAAUCUGCGCCAGUGCUGCGAAUAUCGCCCAGCUGGCGGGCACCAUCAUCUCCAAGCUAGCAGCCUUCUGUGAGGCAACCAGCCAUGUCGACAUGACGGUUUCCGGCUUCCGGGUCGAGAUCAAAAAUUUCAAAAUUGCGUUACGGCUGGUGGUAGAUACGCAGAAGACAUGGCGGCAGCGGCAGAUGCAGGAUCUAGAGCAAGACCACUGGAAGGAUAUCAACAAGCUACUCGAACGCUGUAGGAAGACGUUGGAGAAACUACAGUCUUUGUUGGACGAGUGCGCGGCGAAGCAGACAACGCCUGGCAGGAAGCCGAUUACGCAGUUGAGGCUGAACAUGAGGUCACACAUCAUUUGCAUCUUGCGGAGCCAUAUCAAGUCGUACACGCAAGCUCUGCACGUGUCUUUGUCGACUCUGACGCUGGUCAAUCAGUGGCAAAACCAUGCCUCUAUUGAACACGAACUCCGGGAAUUAGCGCUUGGAAUCGAGGACGUGAAAGCUACGCUGGUGGCACGGCCUAUGGUGAUGGAAGAGGUUGAUGACAUCGGCGCAGCCGACAUCGAGGCCGAUCUGCCAUGCGAGCAAGAGAUCAAAACGGACGUGGAGCAAAUCAUUAGGUCUGCCGCUGCUGUCAGCGAAGCUGCAACGAGUGCCUAUCAGCCCGAUGCCGACUCGAUCCGUGGCAGGCUCCAAGUCAUGGACCGACCAAUCCAGACGUGGAUGGACGGAUUCGAAUCACCGUUGCGAAGUCCUGGUGCGGCUCCGAGCUUCGGAAACGAAACAACGUCACUGGGGAUCCCCAGCACUUCUGAACUUGUUCCUCCGGUUCCCGAAGUACCGAAAGACUCAGGCAUCGGUUCCGAUGAACAUUCAGAUGACGAGGACGAUCCAGACCCCAGCAUUGACGAUCAUUUCUCGGAAGAUGUCUUGAAGGGACUUAUCGAACGGUUCCACAAACAGGCGAUCGAGGACUUCGACAAAGGGAACUACCAUCGAGCCGAAACUGCCCAGAAAAUGAUGAUCAAGUACCUGGAGGAGGGCCAGAGAAACCAUGGUAUGGUGUAUGACAAUGCUGAGGUUUUCGAGAGGCUGGCCCAGAUAUACUACAAGCAGAAACAGCUUGAGGAGGCAAAGGCAGUCUACAACCGGUUGUUGGAAGAGCAUAAGGAGAGGACCCCGGACAUUUGGAGGUGGUACUUCUUCUAUGCGAAAAUAUAUCAAGAGCAGGAACGGCUGGAGAAAGCUGCAAGGUACGCGAAGAGAGCUUUUACUGGAGCCGAAAGGUCUUUGCCGAAAGGGGAUGCUUUCAUAUUCGAUGCCGUAGCGCUUCUGGCCCAGAUAUGUCAGCAACGAGGAGAAUACAUCUUGGCCGAAGCGCUGCGCGAGCAGUACCUGGGAGACAAUCCCCGAAAGCCGAGCUUGACCGAGCGCAAACUGAGCCUUGAAAUCACGCCAAGUGGUAGCAGUGGGGCCUCAUGGUUGACCGAGGCCGGACAUGACCCAGCGUCUCCAAACUUCGAUCCAAGGAAUGCAAUGAAGUGCUCGAUCGAGCGGGACAGUGAAGCUGGUGUUACAGAAGUGUUGCAUCGAAUCCAGGAUAUCGACAAGCAACGCGGGCUCGCAAAAGAAAGCUUGAAGUGGGCCAUUCAAGCAGGCCGACGAGAGAUCGCAAGCUUGUUGAUGGAAUCGGAUCUCGGAAUCGGAAAAGACUCGCUUUUGGCAGACGGGAAAACGCCUCUCAUACAUGCUAUCCAAGCCAAGGAGGACGGGAUAGUACAAGAUAUUCUCCAAAAGGGCGCCAGUCCAGAAAUGCGUUGUGCAAGGAGCAUUACACCUUUGAUUCAUGCAGUCACUGCAGGACAUGAACCCAUCGCUGCACUUCUUCUCGGAAAAGGUGCGAGAGUGGAUUCCACCUCUUAUGGGUGUACGGCUCUUCACCGGGCUGUGGAUCUGAAGCUCCCCGUCCUCGUGAAGCUGUUGUUGGAGUACGAUGCUGGUCUUGAAUGCGUAGGUCCGAGAAAGUGGCCAUCGCCGAGUUCUUCAGGUAAGCUUCUUGCCAGCAAAGAUUUUAGGAUGGAUACUUACUUGGUGGGCGUAGAUGCCAGUUGGACCCCUCUUCUUCUCUCGAGCUUCGCGGGCUCAUCCGAGAUAUCACACUUACUCCUCGAAAAGCACGCACACAUCGAAGCCAAAACCUCGACCGGUGGAACGCCUUUGAUGUAUGCGGCCGAAGAGAGGCAUCUCACCACAGUCCGGCUGUUGCUUUCGGCCGGUGCAGACGUCAACGCCACGGACAAGAAGGGCGACACUGCACUCCAUCGUGCAGUGCGCAAAAGCGGCAGCGUUGAGAUCAUCGAUGCGAUCGUGGGAAAAGGCGGCAGCUUGAACACACCCAACAAGGAGCGCGAGACAACCCUCCACAUAGCAGCCUCCAAGAGCGGCGGGGAGCGUUUACUCGGCGCGCUGCUUGAUCGUCAGGCGGAAAAAGAGGCGAGAGACGUUGCCGGUCGCACGCCUCUUCACGUCGCAAUCGAGAAGAGACAAGAGGGAAACGUUGCUGCCCUCAUCGAACGAGGAGCCGACAUCAGUGCGGCGGACAACUACGGCCAGAACUCAGCGAAACUCGCGCAGCGAAGCUCUCCUGAGAUCCAGAUGCUCAUCAAGAAAUACAAGAAGAAGUCGGGCGCUUCAGAUUCCUCAGUGAGCCGCAGAGACUCGGAUAGGUCGAGUACAGAAGGCUCGGUCAGGGGGCGACCAAUGUCCGUAUCGUCGAAAUUCACUUUCUGGGACAAGCUCAAGUGA